AUGACAACAUUCACUGCCAGAAUAAAACAUGAAGAUACCGAGGAACAAACAGACCAGGUGAGAGUGAAAGAGGAAAGACAAGAACUGAAUGAAGUGAAGGAGGAACAUCGUAACUUUACAAUUCAUAGAACAAAAGCCAAAAAGACGCACACCUGCACUCAGUGUGGAAAGAGAUUCACACAUAAAGGAAACUUUAACAAACACAUGAGAAUUCACACUGGAGAGAAACCGCAUACAUGCACUCAGUGUGAGAAGAGAUUCAGUGAUAAAUCAGGUCUCCGUCAGCAUCUGCUCAUUCACUCUGGAGAAAAAACAUUUAAGUGUGAUCAGUGUGGUAAAGAGUUUAAUGUCUCAACAAAUCUAAAACGACACUUGAAAGUUCAUUCAGGUGAGAAGCCUUAUGUGUGUUCUCUCUGUGGAAAGAGUUUUUCUCGGCUGUUCUGUUUUAAACUGCACCAGAAAACACACAAUGCAGUGAGAGAUUAUUUGUGCUUUGACUGUGGGAAGAGCUUCACUACAUCUCAUGAUCUGAAACGGCACCAGAGGAUUCAUUCUGGAGAAAAACCUUACAAGUGCUCAUACUGUGACAAGAGAUUCACUUGGUCUGGAAAUUGGAAAACACACGAGCGAGUUCACACUGGAGAGAAGCCGUACGCCUGUACUCAGUGUGGGAAGAGUUUCACAAACUCAACUCAUCUAGUGACUCAUAUUAGAAAGCAUUGUUCUGUGUCACAGUGA